UAUUAGAGACGGGGUUUCACUGUGUUAGCCAGGAUGGUCUCGAUCUGCUGACCUCAUGAUCUGCCUGCCUCGGCCUCCCAAAGUGCUGGGAUCACAGGCAUGAGCCAUUGCACCCGGCUCCCUUGUGUAUUUUUAUUUUAAAUUUUUUAUUUGAGACAAGGCCUUGCUCUGUCACCUAGGCUGGAGUGCGGUGGCACAAUCAUAGCUCUCCACAGCUUCAAACUCCUGGCUCUCUCUGUAGAGAGCUAUGAUCCUCCUGACUCAGCUGCCCUAGUAGCUGGGACUACUAAUGAGCGCCACGACACCCAGCUAAUUUUAUGUUUUUUUUGUAGAGAUAUGAGGUCUCACUUUGUUGCCAGAUUGGUCUCAAACUCCUGGGUUCAAGCGAUCCUCUUACUUGGGCCUCCUAAAGUGCUGGGAUUAUAAACGUGAGCCCCUGCAACCAGCCUUCCUUGUAUUUCAGAUGUCUAGUGAAGUUAGUUAAGUUAGCCCUUGAAGGUAUUUUGAAUUUACUUUAAAUUCAGAGCCAGCAGAGGGAGUACACAAGUCUUUAAGCUGAUGUCAAGUAUUUUUUUCUACACACAGCUAAAAUAAUACCUUGAUUAUUUUUUAAAGAACUCUGAUAUAUAGUGUUUCCAUGUAAGUUUAUUGUCAUCAUUAGAAAAGGAAAAUUUAGGAGAGGGGGUGUGGAGAUUAAAAACUUAAAGCAAGUGUUUUAAAGGAAACCUUGGUCUUCUAAGACCCAUGAUUUACUUCCCACUCCUAGAUCAUUAAAUGAGAGUGCUUUUAACUGAAAAAUAUCCUCUCCUGCCUUUCAUCUUUUUGCUACUUAGUUCCUGAUACUACAUGUUCAUUUAUACCUAACACCAAAUUUUUACAGAGUAGUCACGUGUCUGGAUCAGUGGGAUGUUCUGUGUUUUAGUGCUAUUUUGAUUGGGACUUUUGAUAUUUUCCAAAGCUUCACAGUUGCUCAUGGGUGAGAGAAGUGUAUGUAUGUAUAUUUCUCUCAGGUAAGAGAGAAAGGUAAGGUAAAAAGUAAGAACAACAUUAUUUCCAAUUCAAAAAUGAAUAGUCAUGGAUCUACAGGAGACUACUGUAACUUUGAACUUUUUGUAAUUCUGUAAUGCUGUAUCGGUUUCUCACCUCCCUCCACUAUGCCCCAUAUUUUGGUGGUGGGGGUUUAUUUUUGACAUGGCAGUUGGAGAGGGUUAAAUAGAGUUCCUCUAAAAUUCAUGUCUUCCUGGAACUUUAGAAUGGUGACCUUACUGGGAAAUAGGAUCUUUCCUGAAGUAAUUAGUUAAAUUAAAGUGAAGUCAUAUCGGCUUAGGGUGGGUCCUAAAUCCAGUGACUGGUGUGUAUAAGUAGAGGAGAAAAUACAUAGAGACCCAAAUAAGGCCGUGGGAAGUUGGAGACAAAUGUUAGAGUGAUGCAGUUAUAAGCCAAAGAACACCAAGGAUUGCCAGGAGCCGCCAGAAGCUGGUAGGGGCAAGAAAAGAUCCUCCCCUAGAGCCUUCCCAGCGAGCAUGGCUUUGCCAACGCCUUGAUUUUGGACUUCUAGCCUCCAGGACUGAGAAAGAAUGAAUUUUUGUUGUUUUAAGCCCUGAAAUUCAUGGUAAUUCGUUAUGGCAGUCCUAAGAAAGUAACCUAGGAGCCUAGGGAUAGAAGAGUGGGAAUGGCAGAGUUGCAGAUGGAGAAGAAUAAAAAGACUUUAUUUAGAUUCAAAUCAAAGUGUUAAUAAUCAUUCAUAGGCUACUUUCUUGUCAUCUACAUUUUGUCUUUUUUUAAUCCUGCAGUGAGGACAGAGGGAGGCAUGAAUUUUCCUUGAUUUCCCAGUUAGAGCUACUAGAACAUGUCCCUCUUUUGCAUUUUGAAUAAGGUGUGUCCUUCCCCCUUGUCCCCCUCCUUACUGAAUUUCUUUUUCUCUGCCUGUUUUGUGAACUGACAGUAUGGCCGUGCUUGUUGAUUGUGGACUUGAGGUUUACAGUAAGUCCAUGAAAUCUGGCUGAGGGCUUUGGUGUAGAAGAGUCUGUCUUUGAGGGGAGGGGAGGGAGAAGCCAAGGAUCCUCAGUGGAAGAAUAGUGUGGAAGAAGAAGCCUCCUUUUGGCCCUGUCAGGGCUUGAGAAGAUGGAGGCAUACCAUGUUCACUGCCAUCAGUGAUGGUAGUAAGGCUAAUCCAAAUCUCUCUGGAGUCCCCUCAGUGUGUCCUAUGGUUGGUUCAAGCCUUGCAGAGUCUCACACACUUGGUCCUUCAGGCUUACGUCUGCUCUGUUUAUAUUUACAUUCAAAAAACCAGCUCUUCUUUUAAAGCAUAGAACAUGGAGUGGUUGUCCUCACAGAAACAGCAGCAGUAGCAGUAGAUAUCUUGUAGGUACCCAGUAGGUGUUUGGCUUGAAAUGUUCAGACAUUUAAGAAUCAGAAUUGCAUCUGUUUAUUCUCAUAUUUUAAAAUUAUAUUUUUGGGGAGGGGUGUCAGGGUUAUAUUAGAGAUAUGUUUAGUUUUUGCAAUAAAAAGAGUCUACACAAGACAUUUUCUAGCCUAUUUAUACUAAUAAUGACAAUAAUAGUAGCUGUGAUUUAUUGAGCCCUUAUUAUGUGCCCGUUACUCAACUAGGUUUUUUACGUCUAAUAUUGAUUCUAUAAGAUAGGCAUUUAAAUGUAAGCCUCAGUUUAAAGACAAGGAAAUGGUUCAGGAAGGUGAAAGUAACUUGCUUGGGAUCCAAACCCAGGGCUCUCUGACUUGGGAGCAUCUGCCUUUUCUAGUAUACUUUCCUGUCUCCUGGAGUGUGGGUGGGACUUUGGGUGGGGUACAACAAGAAAUUAAAGAGCUUUUGGCCGGCGCGGUGGCUCACGCCUGUAAUCCCAGCACUUUGGGAGACUGAGGUGGGCGGAUCACGAGGUCAGGAGAUCCAGACCAUCCUGGCUAACACGGUGAAACCCCAUCUCUACUAAAAAUACAAAAAAAUUAGCUGGGUGUGGUGGCGGGCACCUGUAGUCCCAGCUACUUGGGAGGCUGAGGCAGGAGAAUGGCAUGAACCCAGGAGGCGGAGCUUGCAAUGAGCCGAGAUCAUGCCACUGCACUCCAGCCUGGGUGACAGAGGGAGACUCUGUCUCAAAAAUAAAUAAAUAAGUAAGUAAGUAAAUAAAGAGCUGCCAUUUAAAAAGUUUCUACUCUAUGCUGCAUUCUUUACCUCUGUCCCCAGGAAUCCCCACCUUAAUCCUUCUGACUCCAUCUUGAAUGCUCAUCUUCAGAGUUGUGCUGACUCUGAGUAACAGCACCUCUCUGUGUGCUGGUGGGAAGUGAACUUGGCUCCGUUAUUUAGGCUCCUUCCCUUGAUUUUUGCAUGAGCUAAAUAACUUUUAAGAAUUAGCUGGGCACAGUGGUUCACGCCUGUAAUACCAGCACUUUGGUAGGCUGAGGCGGGAGCAUCACCUGAGGUGAGGAGUUUGAGACCAGCCUGGCCAACAUGGUGAAAUCCCGUCUCUACUAAAAAUACAAAAAAUUAGCUGGGUGUGGUGGCUGGCGCCUGUAAUCCCAGCUACUCAGGAGGCCGAAGCAGGAGAAUCGCUUGAACCCGGGAGGUGGAGGUUGCAGUGAGCCAAGAUCACACCAUUUUACUCCAGCCUGGGGGACAAGAGCAAGACUUCGUCUCAAAAAUAAAUAAGUAAUGAUAAUAAUAAAGACUUAUGAUAUUGGCCGGGCGCGGCGGCUCACGCCUGUAAUCCCAGCACUUUGGGAGGCUGAGGCAGGUGGAUCAUGAGGUCAGGAGUUCAAGACCAGCCUGACCAAGAUGGUGAAAUCCCGUCUCUACUAAAAAUACAAAAAAUUAGCUGGGCGUGGUGGCACAUGCCUGUAAUCCCAGCUACUCCGGAGGCUGAGGCAGAGAACUGCUUAAACCUGGAGGGGCGGAGGUUGCAGUGAGCUGAGAUCACGCCACUGCACUUCAGCCUGGGCGACAGAGCGAGACUCUGUCUCAAAAAAAAAAAAAAAAAAAAAAAAGAAGAAGAAUUAGCGCGUACCUGGGUCUUUAAUGGGAGAGUAGGAAUGGCUUGAGAAUUCUGUCAGAAACCUGUUGGUUUGGUGAUUCUGCAGUUCUCUUUGGUCACUGCCAGGUGUGAUCAUGGUUUACUAUGGGUCAGAUGCACAGUGUAUUAUUUAGAAGAAUAGAGUGACGCAUGGUAGGUAGAAAUCUUUUGGGAUGGGGCCUUAUCGCAGAAAUUUCUGUGUUGGGACAGUAGGAUAUCUGUGCUUUUAUAGGCUUCAAGCACGUAGAUGAAUGCAGGCAGCAACAUCAAGAAAAGCAGAUUUCAGGAAAAAAAAAGCAUUUACAAGGAGUUCUUGGCAGAAGUUUUGCUGCCAAAUCAGAAAUCAUAAUGAAAGAUAUUAAAAAUAUUUUGUGAGGUGGUCGUCUCUUUGCAAUGCAGUUAGUGACGGCUUUAAAAGCAGGCUGCCAAGAUAGAGACAGAAAAUGUUGCAUAAUGCAAGUUGCUGGCCAGGUUAGUGUUUAUCUCUACUGAAGAGCCUACUUGCUUUUGUCUUCAAGGUAAAAAUAUGUAUGAAUAAGACCUAAAAUGGUGGUUUUAAUUGGCCACAGGAAGGCAGUGCCGUAAGAUAAAAUGUAGUUAACAGAAUAGAAUGCUAAUUAUCCCAUAUUGUUCUGUGUAUGUUGGAAAAAAAUUACAGAACUCUCAGUUUCAUAGUAAAGAUAGGUAAGUAGUGUCUGGAUAAUGUCCAGAGGAUAGACUGAAACUCUGUGAUAAACGUGAGCAGGCAGAAGGAUGCUACCUGAUAACUGAGUAUAACAGCAUGCAGGGGAGGACUGUGGCUGGAGGCAGCUGCAAUAGAAGUUGGCAGUGCCACUGUGGACUUUUAAAGGGACAACUCUGGGUACAAGCCUGAAGUGUAAGGAGGACAUAAAAUUAAAUACAAUUGAACUUGUCUCCUUGAAAACUGGUUCUCCCUUUUUACUACAUUAAAAAGAUCAAGUGGACAGUUAAGUCAUUAAUUCAGGUAAUUCCAAUCACAAAACUACUUUUUUCCUGAAGUGUCCUAAUCAUUGAUUUUUAAAAAUGAUAUUUCUUUCAUCAUAAAUUAUCAGCAUAAUUGCUUUGGUUCCAUAUUUCAUAUUAAGCUUGGGCUGAGUGAUGUUUAAAGCCUCCUGCUUACCUUCCCCCCUUUUCUUCCUAUUUUAUUUUACUUAAUACCUAAAAAAAAAAAAAGAAAAGAAAAACCUCGAUGUAGAUUAUUUUCUUCUGAUACUGUGAUGGUUUCAUAGAGUAAAACACUUUCCCUAGAUCUCUUCAUUUGAACAUUUCCUGUUGAUAAAUCACUGAAAACAAAACAAAACUACCUAAUUUAAAAGCGUUGCGAUGGGUCUUCCAGAGUUUUUAUCUUACACAUAGCUGUUCUAGGGCUUCCCACCAACAUUUAUUUCCAAACCAAGGACUUGUUUAUCUCAUCCUUCAUACUUUUGCAUUUGAGUCCGAAUUGGAUAUGGGUUUUUGUUGUCUUUGUUUUUGCAGUAGAAAAACUUCAGUUGGUAGGAUGAAAAGGAGAACAAAUCUUUAUUCACUUUCAAUAUAGUUCCAUUAACAGUAUUAAUGUGCCAUGUAUGAAUAUACCUGUCAUGCAGAUUGAGGCCCACAGACGAAUAACAUUUUGGGCAAGAUAAUUUUAAGUAAAAACUGAAGCUCUGAACUCAAACAUUCUUUCAAAUUUCUUUAAAAUAAUAAUGAUCACUUAGAUGAGGUGCAUCAUUUAUGUAACCCUGAAAAGCCUGGAAUUGACUUACGAAAAUGUCAUAGGCCUGAUUAUUUUAAAGUUAUCUUCGAGCUGAUGCUGGUGUGAGCAUGUUUGCUUUAGAACACAUGGACUCUUAAGCUCAUGAUAGAUAAUUUCCUAGGUGAGCUAGUAUACUGUUUCUUGAAAUUAGUGGCCUUGAUCAGCCCUUCUCUCUCCAAGCCUGUCCAAUAAAGAUAAGUUUACAGCCUUCUUUUUGAAUAGACGCAUGUCCUCUGCUGAACUGAAUUAUCUAAAUCAGUCCUAUUUAGUCUCCUCCCCUUACAAGAAAGAUCCUUAUUUCAGACUGAAAGACUAGGUGAUUUGGGCCAUAUUUUAGGUUUUAUCAUACUUACCCUUCAUGUCAUUUGUUAAGGUCAAGUUCAGCAUUUGACUGUGGACAUAAUUUUUAGUAGGUGUUCCUUGGGAAGAGGCUUAUUGGGAAGAGAAGUUUAUUCCAAUAGUCUCAUAAAAUCAGUGAAUGCUUUGAGUUAAUUUAUCAGCAACCUGUGCUGAAUAAGCAAGGUGCCAUGUGUUAAAUUAGGAAAGGUAACUGGUGCUGCUAGUGAAAACUGUGUCUUCUAAGUUGGCUUUAAAAUAAAUUGUUUACCAGAUUAAUGUUUCAAUCAGAAAUUACAAUUCUCAUUUUUAAGAUGCAGCUUUAUCCACAUCUAAGUUUUCUCAUCAGCCAAAAAAAAUUUAAAUGGAUGAAUCUGUUUAGCUUAUAAUGCAGUGGAAAUACAUCUGGAUUUUUAUCUCUGGGCUCCCAGUGUUUGCCCUGUUGAUGUGAGCAGAGAUGAUUUUCACCUGACAUCUUUGUUGCCUGCCUGGAGAGUCCUUGCUCUUUCCAUUGACUGAGUAGUUCUAGCUAGUUUCUUUUGUGUUCAUUGUUCUGCCUUAAACAGGAUCAUAAAGCUUUCAAAAAUUUUUUUUUCAGCUUGUUACCUCAUGUGUCUGUGCUGGCCAAGAAGGAAGAGAAGAAAAUAACUUUAUCAUUUGCAUCACAUGAUUUUACAGCUUUGAAAACCCAUUUGUCAGUGUGGUUACUGGGAGGAUGAUUGCAGCUAUUGAGUGCUCUGAGAGUUACUUCUUUAAUCUCUUCCCUCUUCUUUCCCCGUUUAAAAAAACAGUUAAUUUUGCUGAGGGAGAAAUUUUAUUGUUUUUUUGGUAUAUGAUUUCAAAGUUGAACCUUUAAAUGAUUUGUGAAAAGUUAAAAGUUCUUUGCCCCAAGUUCUUAGUAACUCUUCUAAAAAAAAAAAUAGUAUACCUUAUUAAGAGGGUUUCCUGGCAUGUUCUUUGGACUGUUAUCAAGUCUUUGGCACAUGAGGGUACUUCCUUGAUGGUCUAGCCAUUUCUGAUUUUUGAACCUGAGACAGCCAACAUUGAGUUGAUCUCUAGAUCAGCUUCACAGAAUCUAACAUAGUAACCUCGGUUUCACUUGUCCUGGUCACUCCUGGCUGCUGUUCCAUUUUUGACUUUUCCUUUUAUAUCUACUACACAUUGUCUAAAGAGGGCUUAUUCCCCUUCUCUUUCCUAUCCACUGGUCACCUUACUCCUACAUCAGUGGUUUUUAACCCUGGCUGCAUUUUAGAAUCACCUGAAGAGCUUUCAAAACCACCAGUGCCUAGGUACCAUCCUAAGGCAGUUAGGUCAGAAUCUCUAGGUAUGGGGCCUGGGCAUCUAUGUUUUUUAAGCUUCCCACGUGGUGAUAAUGUAUAGCCAGGAUUGAGUGCCUCUAUCUUAGAGACAUUAGAUUUUGGCUGUGGAAGUUAUCAGCUAUUUUAGUACUGACUUUUAGAUGCAUUUCAGCCCUCUCCUCCAUAGGAAGCUCCACAUGACAAGGAGUGCUGUAAAGUUGGGAUUAAAGAGUAAGGUUGGCUUCUAAGGGCAAGAGCAUUAUUAUCACUUAACAAACUGUGUUUAACUGGGGUCUCCUUUAAUAUAAAUGCAUGUGAUGUCUUUAGUUUCCAACUCCCACUCAUUUUUCUAGUCUCUACUGGACCCUAGUUAAGUUACUUUGAAGUUUUCAGGAAUUUUUAAGAAGAGAUGGUGCUGUUUUAAGUCAUUGCAUAAGACUUGAAAACUGAGAGAUAUAAACUUACUAUUCUUUUGUGCAACCUAAUCUGAUAUACCAGAAGAUUCCACCAUAUCCUGAUGUUUGAAGGUAAUGGUUCUCCAAGUGGUCCCUAGCUCAGCAGCGUCAGCAUCACAUAGGAACUUUCAACAUCACGUAGGAACAUCACGCAGAUUCUCAGGCUUACUCCGCACAGACUAAAUCAGAAACUCUUUAACAAGCCCUCCAGGUGAUUCUACUGCAAGCUGAGGGUUCAGAACCACUCUUUUAAAGUCGUUUGCUAAGUCUGUGGAAUUAUUCUGGUGAUAGGAGUAAAAAAUCUUAACAUCGCUUGCCAUCUUGGCUUCAGAAUCAUGGCAAAAAUGGGGAAAAAAUAUGGUGGUAUCUGUUGAAAUAUAACAAAGCUUUGGCCCCUUGAGUAUUUUGGACUUCCCACAGAUCUGUGCUGCUCUGUAGCCUUCUGUACAAGGCAAGGAUACUCACCUCUCAGGAUCACAGCAAUAAAGGAUCCACUCAGGUGUAUAGAGGAAACCACAUGUUCACCUUAGUGCAUAUAUUGUGUUCACAGAACUUGUGUUUAGGUUGGAUUCAUGUCUUUUUGUGUGUGUGAUCUUUUUCUCUUGUUUGUUUUGGUCUUUUGAGGACAUUCCUAGUUUUAAAACCACUAUCAGACGGGAGUAGUUGCACUGACUCAUCCCCAGACAGACAUGGGACAUGUGAGAGAAAGAUAAGAUAAAAAUGUGCUGGGUGUAAUCAGUGUGAGAGGCUCAGUGCAGUGAAGGGGAGAGUGACACGGCUCUCGUGAUGAAGUCAGAGGUAAGGCGGGACAUUCACCUCGGCUCAGGAUCCUAAAAGGCACACGACCUCUUGCACCACAGGUGGAACCAGGUACAGAUCCAAACAAGUAUGCUGCUUGUCAGUAUCAUUGGACUCUGUAGUCCAUUAAGCAGGGCCUCAUGAUCAGCUAGCUAUAUCAAACCUAGCUGGUGGCUUUAGGAAUGUAAAUAGUGCAAAACACAGUGGGUUGGCCAGUUCUGGAUGUUCAUGUGAGGGUCUUUUACCAGCUGCUUCAGAAUGUUGCCUGAGAUUCAUAAACACUAAAACAAAACAAAACAAACUCCAGCAGGAUGACUUUGGAUUACAGUUCAUUCUGCUGUUAGUGUCAUUCCUUUUCGUACAUGAAGCCGUAUCCAAGAUGAUAUGGCUUGAGUGCUAAGCCUCCGAGGUGCAGUGAUCUGGGUUUUCUUCUUGGGGGAGUGGGUAGGGCAGGCCAGUCACUUUCCUCAGAUUCACCAAGAUUCCUGGGAAGGGUCAAGAAGGCAGGUUUGGUGUUGGAACAACAUCAGAAGGUCCACAUGGAAGGGAAAGCUGCACUGAGGGACUUCUGUCUGGGGUCAGAGUUUGGAGGAAAGUCCAAAAUAUUGUGCUGUUAACUGUGAACAGCAUUCCAAACUGAACUCCAGGAGAGUACCAGGGACUUGUACACAUUGGAAGUCAGAUACAGCUGGUGGGCCCUGGAAGUGCUGGGGACAGUAGGAUCCUUUCCAGAGCCAUCACCACUCACAGGUGAAAUGUGUCAACACAUGUCAGUUGCUCAUCCAUUUUGGUUUUCCCAAAGCAUGGGCCUCUGCUUGCAUGUUCUGGGGGCAAGGAGAGAGGGUAUCUUGAAAGGAUCUGGCAUCAGGAUCACUUUCACAGAGGAGUAAAACAUCUGGUAGCAGUCCAGGAAUAAAGCCUGCCCAGUAGCAGUCCAGAAGGCUUGUCUCUCAGCCCAGAGAAACCCCCAGUCCUUGGCUUCUGUGUCUCAGACCUGGAGAUAAUGAGGGACAUCACCUGCUUGACCCCUCUUUGAACAUUUCCUUAAGGAGGCUAUAGAGGAGGCCUCUGGUUUUGAGACGGUCGGUGUCCUGACUUCUAUGUGCUGCUGAAUUACAGAGUUGAAGUUUGAAAACUCUUAAUUCCUCCCUGCCCAAAAGGGGCAAAAAGGGCUAAAUCUUCCUUCUGUGUUGGUGUGAAUGGGUGUGAUGUAUACAGUCAUAACCUUAGAUUUAUCUAUCAUUUUCAUGGCUGUAACUAAAAGCUACGGUUAAUCGAACAUUUAUUAGCAGUGUGCCAGACACUGUUGAGCUUUAUGCGUAUUAGCUCUUCUUCAUUUUUUUUUUUUUUUUUUUUUUGAGAUAGAGUCUCACUCUGUUGCCCAGGCUGGAGUGCAGUGGUGUGAUCUCGGCUCACCACAACCUCUGCCUCCUGGUUUCAAGCAAUUUACUAGCCUCAGGCUCCCAAGUAGCUGGGAUUACAGGUGCCCACCACCGUGCUUGGCUAAUUAGUAGAGGCGGGGUUUCACUAUGUUGGCCAGGCUGGUGUUUACACAUUUCAAACUCCUGAACUCAUGAUCCACCCACCUUGGCCUCCCAAAGUGUGGGGAUUACAGGCGUGAGCCACCGUGCCCAGCCUUAGCUCUUUCUCUUUACUCAUGAGGAAACUGAGGUACAAAAUGGCUAAGUGACUUGGCUGAGGCCACAUAGUUGGUAAGUGAUAGAAGUGGGACUCCUGUAUCAGUAUGUCUCCACUUUGACUAAGGAAACUCCAAAGUCAAUUUAUCCAAGCUUCAGGGAUCUUGAUUUUGUAAUACUGAGACCUCACUGGCUUGUUCUUUUCUAUCAUAUUUCCCAUUUUGGUUUAAAAGAAGAGAAAGGAAGGGAGUUUGCAUGAUCCGUUAGAAUUGUAGAUGUGUUCUACCUAGCUGUCAUUGUUUGAGAACCCAUAGAAAGAACAGACUUGAGUGUUAGGUUGUAGACAAGCAUUCACAUUGAACACAAAAGGCUUUUCAGACUUGUACUCUUGUGAAGUGUGGUUAUUCUUAGGGAUGGGACACUUCAAACUGCCUUUUUUCUCCAGGCUCUAGAGCAGAUGUAAGUGAUAUUCCAGGAAGGGUGACCCAGCUCAUCUUUCGCAGAUUCAGAAAUGAGACAGAUAGAUGAGUUUACUCUAAACUGCACUUAAACUUUCCUGUAGUCAUUGCUUUCUCUCCCUGCCCCUGCCCCUUCUGUGGAAGUUGAAGCAGACUAAUUGUAUAUCAUCUUUUGUUGAACAGCGACAUCGUGCUUGGAAGCCAGUGGGUCAUUUGGGUCUAGUUUUCAUUCUUUUCUUUGGAUCUGCUUCACAGUUUAAAUUAGGCCCAGGACAUUGUAUAUGGUGGUUUAAGAAGGUGACUGUAACAGGCAGAUGUUGAAAGAUGGAAGCAGUAGGAGGAGGCCAAACUGUGGAGGACAGGGGUAAUAACUGGAUUGGCAAAUGGGGGUUGAGGAGCAUGGAAGGCAGCCCAGUCAGAAUACCUUGGCAGAGGCUGGAGGGUUGUAGUUGUGUGAUUGUGAUGAAAUAUUAGGGGUGAUGGCUGGGUUUGGAAGAGUUAAGCCGUUAUGAAAUUUCUUCAAAGAACAUUAUCAAACAACACAUAUGUACUGCUGAUUAAGCAAUAUCAUUAAUGAGCCUGCUUUAUAAUUUAAAAUGCAAGCAGAUUUACUUUCAGUUUCAGUCAUGGAACCAUUGAGACACUUUGGGGAGGCAAGUGAACCACUGCAGUUCUUUCUAUACUGGAAGGAAAAGGAGGAAAGCAAAGUUAUUUUGUGGUUUUGGAGUAGUUUAAAAACAAAAGUUUUGUGUUUUGAUAGUGCCUUCCAAAGAGUUCAGCAUUAUGAAUCAUUUCUUCUUUGUCAAGGUGAGAGAGGCAUUCUGUCUGUGAACUAAAUCUCCCAAAGUCUUCAGUGUUUGAUGGGCAAAGGAACGAGAGGAAAGAAAUAGGAAACUGCCAUGCCAUCUUUCUCCCAUUAUCUCCCUUUCAUGAAAAAUGAUCUGUGGCUCGCUGCCAAGACUUUGUUUAAAAAAACUUGGUUGUCUGGUAUUUCUCAUCUGCAUGAAAAAUAAAAAGUGUCUCCAUUUUUUUCUGAGAUAAAUGGUAAAGAUAAAGCUUUCUUAAUGUUUAAAAAUAUAGGCUGCAUACUCUCCAAGAAAAAAAGCCCUACAAAGAAUGUCAGCUAUUUUUGGAAUAUUAUAUAAACAGUUUUAACUGUCAUAUAGGGACAACGUAUUUUUCCUGCACUCCUAACCCUCACAGGAAUAAAGGACAUUGGCCCUUUCUUCACUGGCUUGGUGUAGGCCAUUUAUUUACUAGCCACCUAAAUAAGUGCCUACCAGCUGCUUUUAGGUGAAAUCUAGGGAUCAUCCUAAACAUCUUAUGUGCUAGGUGUGGGAAGCAGGCCCAGCAGGCUUGGGCUGAAUAGAAGUAAGAGUUCCCAGCCCUGUGUUGUUGUUGUCCCAGGAGGCAGAUUUUCAUCUGUGAAGUCACCUGGGAAUCUUUAUAUCCAGUUGUAAGAACUCAGUAACAUCCCUUUGCUCAGUCCAGACCAAUAACAUUUUAAACAGUUGCUGGACUUUUUAAAAUAAAAAUUUUGUGUUUCCUGCCAUGUAAACAGAGAUGUUCCUAAAAGAAAGUAAAUGAACCAUUUGUCAGAUAAUGCAUUUAUUCUGGUUACCUUAAUCCCUUUGUUAGGUUUUUGUCAUGGAGAUAGUAGAUGACAGCUUUGAAGGGAUGUUAAGCAGUGGGGUUAUUUUUUUUUCCCCAAGGAGACAGUUUUUAGGGCAGACUUUGAGUAUUUUUUCUCUUGUUUCUGAGUGUGUAGCUGUAUAUUAAGAUGGGAAAGCUGACUGACCCAGGAAAAACAGGACGGUAGGCCAGUCCACCUGCUGGGUCUGUUAUUCACAUUCUUGUUGGGUGUAACUGCCUUCCAUGUGACUCUCGGUACCCCCUUCUCAGCAGCCCUGCUUUAUGUCCCUAAUGUUCCCCUGUUCAUCUCACCUGGACUGCUUCCUGAGGGAUUUUCUAGGGGAAGGACUAAUCUGAGAUGCAAAUUAAUGCCAAAUUGAUGAUGGAACUCCUGAGUCCUGAAACGCAGUGCCUUGGAUGUCAUCUGACUUACCCUUUAUUUUCUGGAUGAGGAUAUUAAGGAUCAAAGAUGUAAAGGAGGUUACUUGAAACCACCCAGUGGGGUCACUCUUACCUGUAAACUGACUGCGUGGUCACCACCAUUCUUGCUGAGGAAGAUCUGCAGCUGUCUCAUGAACAUCUGUAAUGUGCCUGGAUACAGUCCUCGCUUCAGACUCACUACUUUAUUUUCUAGGGAAGAACUAGGCUUUUUAUUUCACUGUGGCUGGUGUGGGGGCAUUCGGUGAAAAGGUAGCGAUGGGAGACAACAGGCAGCCAAAAUGCUACCUAAUAAACCUUUGAACCUUGAAGAAGGAUUGCCCGGUGGUAGCCCUAUUAUCCAGAGUGAUGGGGCCUGAGUUUUCUGAGUGGUUGUAACUUUGAUGGUUGUGACUUUGGGAAAGAAGUAUAUUGCAUGUAAUGUUUCCAAGAAUUAGUUACUGUGUGCCAGAGGAGUGGGCACAUAAGCUGGAUCAGUGGCUUUAAUGGGCAGCAGUUGGCUGCAAGAGAAAUUUGCAGUUUCACCAGUCUUAAUGCUGGGCAACCCACAUAUUAAAUAAUGUUUGGUACACUUGGAUAUCUUUUAUUGGGAAUUAAGCCCCCAAAGCAGCUUUCUGUAACUGUUAAAGUCUGAUAAUGCUAAGCUCUUCUUCAGGCACUGGAGAAGUUUGGCAGUCUCUGGAAUAAGGAAUUUGUUUGGCUUUGGCACUGAUAGCCAAAAUGCCACUUCUAGUCACUUUAAAUGUUACCAAGAUUUCAGUCUCAUUGCCGAUUAUUGAAAGGUCUGUGGCAAAUAAGAUUUCAGUGCUGUGGUGAAGCAAUCUGUGUGUGCUUUAAAGGUAAAUAAAAAUACAGCACAUUUUCUGAGUAUAAUUCUCGUAGACAGAGUUUUGUUGGUCACCCAGAUGGUUGGAAGUUCUGGUCCUUCAGCAGUAUGGGUUGGUGGCAGUGGUGCUGGCUUCUGCAGCCUGUGCUGGUCCAGGCCUAAACUCAGGGAAAAGUAUACACGUCCAGGGCUCAUGUGACUUGAUCAUAUGGGGGCGUGCUUCAUAGGUCACAGCCAUGGUUAUUCAUCCAUUUAGUUUCAUUCUGCCGGCACGGUAAUGCAUGGAAUAAAGAUGGACAUACAAGUGGGCAUUGCUUCUGAUGAGUCUGCAGUAUAGUGGGUGAUAGGGAUAUGCAAACAGAAAGUUGUUUUUCUUGGGAGAUGGCACUAAUCCACCUUGCCUAGAAAGAAGGGAAGUCUUGCUGAACUGUGCAUCCUGGCAUGUAUCUCUGCCAUCAUUCAGUAUUUUCACCUUUGAUAAUGAAAUUUCUGACAAUACAGGGUGUUGUUGGAGUUCAUUUUUUUUGUUGAUAAAAGUAUUACUGUAAUCAAAGAAUUCCUUGCAGAAGUUUUGCAACCCUCAAGGAAAAGUGAUAAAAAAACAGACCCUGCAUGAUGGAUUGCAGGUUUCAGGGAGGUGGGAGUUGUCCAUCCUUUCGCAUUGGCUUUGCUUUUGUUUGUGUAACCAUGAAAGGAUACUGAGUCUGCUUUUUGUAAAGGAGAUAACUUGGUUCAUCCCUAACAUGCAGAGUGUUGGGUGAAUUAACGAGUGGAAGGCACGUAAUGAUGAGUGGCACUUAUGUAGUAUUUUGAUGAUUUCACCUAGAAUCUUGCCAUCUGGAAACUUGCAUUUACUAGGAUGUAGAGCCAAUUUUGGAUGAUACUGAGUCCAAUGUUUAUUUAAAAUGGUUUAGAUUUUCAUUUGGCUAAAAUCUAGGAGGUUGUAGACUAAUAGAAUAACAAUAAUGAUAGCCUUUCCUAAGGAGCUCUGAAUAGCCUCAAUAGUACUAUAGUGAGAGGUAAAAGACAAGAAUCUUACCUUAUUUCAUAGUGAUGCAGUUGAAACAUGGUAGCCUGCACAGGGUGGUAGAGCUGGCCCGUUUUGAAAUGAGAAGUUGAAUUCCUGAUCUAUGGCUUUGGCACUUGCUUUGCCACCAAGAAUUGCUAUCUCCAAAAUCUUCAAGCCAUGAAGAAUCUUUGCCAUCUUAUUUAUUUUCCCAGCUCCUGGGGAGCAGAGGUUUCCCACUUGGAGUUUAGAUUUUGCUGAAAGCACCAAAAUCCAGGCCUGAAAGAUCUCAAAGUGGAUCAGGGCCUGGGGACCAGCUGUGCAUUAUUGAGAUUGGAGCCCAAGUUGGCAGGGAGGCCAUGGCUCCUUCACUAUCCAGGAAGGCCCUCUGCCCUCUUACUCAGCGCUUCAGCAGAACAGGGCUGGGCUCUUGAUCCUGAGACAGCUGGGAGUCUGCAAGGUGUGCCCCAUGCUUUCCUUCAAUGUAAAGAUGCCUUUUACCUCCCAUUAGAGUGCUUCAGAGGCUACUUAGGGUGCCUUAGGAAAAGGUAUCGUUAUUAUUAUUCCAUUAGUCUGUAACCUUCUAGAUUUUAGCUGAAUGAAACUCUAAACCACUUAAAACACACUGGGCUCAGUAGCAUACAAAAUCGCUCUGUGCUUAGAGGUGUCUGCAAAGUGGUGGGCGUGCUGCCCCAGUGGCUGUCACUCUGGCUGCUGCCCUUAUGUCUCCUUCAAGGGUCCAUGGAAGAGAAAUGAGGGACACAUGCCUAAGGUCAGCUUCUACCACAUGCUAUUCCACUUUCUCAGCCGGCUUCCUACUUUUUCACUGCCUCUGAAAUAGACACAGACCUGCCAGUCCUGGAAGGCCUCAAGCCUCUGGAAAAGCAAAGAUCACUUUUCCCCAAAGAUGUUAAUUCCAAACUUGUUUAUGUUCCUCCUUGGAAUGACAGCUUACAAAAAUAUGUGCAGUAUUAAGAGAUGAAGCCUGAGGGUGAAGGACAACAUAGUACUUGACAGGUACCAGAAUUAGGUGACACAUUUCACUCUUGAGUUUCAUAGCAGCUGGAGCAAGAAGGGACAUAAGAUUAGCUUCCAAACUUAUAACUGCCUUUAAAUGAAAACAGAAGUAGCGUGGCUUUUUGUGUUACUUAGAAACUUUUUCUCUUGGGACAUCAUAAAGAGAACACUGAUCUAAUAAACGACAUUCUCCUGCUUGAAACUUGGUUCUCUGAGGUAAUGAGCCAGUCCAUUAGUUUCAGUGUUCAUUCCUCAGUGAUGUAUCUAUGUUCACCUAUCUGGCCUUGUGAAUAUUUUUUUGACGUAACAUGAGCUAGACUGAGUAUGAAUGGCUCCAAACUUAGGAGUGACUAGGAUUUACAGAUGAAGCAGUAUGGAUCAGUUUCUUUGGGAAGGUUCUUGGAGGACCCUAUGGGAGGAAACCCUGGACAGAACUCCAUCCGGCACAACCUGUCACUGCAUAGUCGAUUCAUGCGGGUCCAGAAUGAGGGAACUGGCAAGAGCUCUUGGUGGAUCAUCAACCCUGAUGGGGGGAAGAGCGGAAAAGCCCCCCGGCGGCGGGCUGUCUCCAUGGACAACAGCAACAAGUAUACCAAGAGCCGUGGCCGCGCAGCCAAGAAGAAGGCAGCCCUGCAGACAGCCCCCGAAUCAGCUGACGACAGUCCCUCCCAGCUCUCCAAGUGGCCUGGCAGCCCCACGUCACGCAGCAGUGAUGAGCUGGAUGCGUGGACGGACUUCCGUUCACGCACCAAUUCUAACGCCAGCACAGUCAGUGGCCGCCUGUCGCCCAUCAUGGCAAGCACAGAGUUGGAUGAAGUCCAGGACGACGAUGCGCCUCUCUCGCCCAUGCUCUACAGCAGCUCAGCCAGCCUGUCACCUUCAGUAAGCAAGCCGUGCACGGUGGAACUGCCACGGCUGACUGAUAUGGCAGGCACCAUGAAUCUGAAUGAUGGGCUGACUGAAAACCUCAUGGACGACCUGCUGGAUAACAUCACGCUCCCGCCAUCCCAGCCAUCACCCACUGGGGGACUCAUGCAGCGGAGCUCUAGCUUCCCGUAUACCACCAAGGGCUCGGGCCUGGGCUCCCCAACCAGCUCCUUUAACAGCACGGUGUUCGGACCUUCAUCUCUGAACUCCCUACGCCAGUCUCCCAUGCAGACCAUCCAAGAGAACAAGCCAGCUACCUUCUCUUCCAUGUCACACUAUGGUAACCAGACACUCCAGGACCUGCUCACUUCGGACUCACUUAGCCACAGCGAUGUCAUGAUGACACAGUCGGACCCCUUGAUGUCUCAGGCCAGCACCGCUGUGUCUGCCCAGAAUUCCCGCCGGAACGUGAUGCUUCGCAAUGAUCCGAUGAUGUCCUUUGCUGCCCAGCCUAACCAGGGAAGUUUGGUCAAUCAGAACUUGCUCCACCACCAGCACCAAACCCAGGGCGCUCUUGGUGGCAGCCGUGCCUUGUCGAAUUCUGUCAGCAACAUGGGCUUGAGUGAGUCCAGCAGCCUUGGGUCAGCCAAACACCAGCAGCAGUCUCCUGUCAGCCAGUCUAUGCAAACCCUCUCGGACUCUCUCUCAGGCUCCUCCUUGUACUCAACUAGUGCAAACCUGCCCGUCAUGGGCCAUGAGAAGUUCCCCAGCGACUUGGACCUGGACAUGUUCAAUGGGAGCUUGGAAUGUGACAUGGAGUCCAUUAUCCGUAGUGAACUCAUGGAUGCUGAUGGGUUGGAUUUUAACUUUGAUUCCCUCAUCUCCACACAGAAUGUUGUUGGUUUGAACGUGGGGAACUUCACUGGUGCUAAGCAGGCCUCAUCUCAGAGCUGGGUGCCAGGCUGAAGGAUCACUGAGGAAGGGGAAGUGGGCAAGCAGACCCUCAAACUGACACAAGACCUACAGAGAAAACCCUUUGCCAAAUCUGCUCUCAGCAAGUGGACAGUGAUACCGUUUACAGCUUAACACCUUUGUGAAUCCCACGCCAUUUUCCUAACCCAGCAGAGACUGUUAAUGGCCCCUUACCCUGGGUGAAGCACUUACCCUUGGAACAGAACUCUAAAAAGUAUGCAAAAUCUUCCUUGUACAGGGUGGUGAGCCGCCUGCCAGUGGAGGACAGCACCCCUCAGCACCACCCACCCUCGUUCAGAGCACACCGUGAGCCCCCGUCGGCCAUUCUGUGGUGUUUUAAUAUUGCGAUGGUUUAUGGGAUGUUUUAAGUGUUGUUCUUGUGUUUGUUUUCCUUUGACUUUCUGAGUUUUUCACAUGCAUUAACUUGCGGUAUUUUUCUGUUAAAAUGUUAACCGUCCUUCCCCUAGCAAAUUUAAAAACAGAAAGAAAAUGUUGUACCAGUUACCAUUCCGGGUUCGAGCAUCACAAGCUUUUGAGCGCAUGGAACUCCAUAAACUAACAAAUUACAUAAACUAAAGGGGGAUUUUCUUUCUUCUUUUGUUUGGUAGAAAAUUAUCCUUUUCUAAAAACUGAACAAUGGCACAAUUGUUUGCUAUGCGCACCCGUCCAGGACAGAACCAUGCAUAGGCAAAACGAGUGGAGCACAGCGUCCGGCCCAGUGUGUUUCCAGUUCUGAGUCAGGGUGAUCUGUGGACGGGACCCCAGCACCAGGUCUACAGGUGCCAGAUCAGUAGGGCCUGUGAUCUCCUGUCAGUGUCCUCAGCUAAUGUGAACAGUGUUGGUCUGCUGGUUAGAAACUAGAAUAUUGAUAUUUUCAGGAAAGAAAUCAGCUCAGCUCUCCACUCAUUGCCAAAUGUCACUAAAGGGUUUAGUUUUAAGGAGAAAGAAAAGAAAAAAAAAAAAACAAAAAAAUGCUGUUUUGCUUUGCAGAACAAAUGAACUUACAGGUGAGCAUUAAGCUUGCAGUGAGAAAUGUGCGAAGAGUAAAAACCCAAGUCAAUGCUGAGGCAGUUCUAACUUCACUGUUUUCCUAAAUACACAUCCUUGAUUAUUUUCAGCCUUGCUAUAUAAUCUGAUCUGCUAGAAGUGUAUGAGUGAGAGGCAAUAGCAUACAAACUGAUUUUUUAAAUAUAAGCUUAGGUUGUAAUUGUACAAGUGACUCAAUGGAAGUACAAAAUAGGGCAGUUUUAACUUUUUUUUCUGCUUCUAUGGAUUUCAUUUUGUUGUGUUUUCAAAAAGUUAUGGUGCUGUAUAGGUGCUUUCUGUUUAACCUGGAAAGUGUGAUUAUAUUCGUUACCUUCUUUGGUAGACGGAAUAGUUGGGACCACCUUUGGUACAUAUGAAAUUGGUAUAACGAUGCUCUGAUUAGCACAGCAUAUGCAUACUUCUCCAAAGUGAUAUAUGAAGACUCUUUUCUUUGCAUAAAAAGCAUUAGGCAUAUAAAUGUAUAAAUAUAUUUUAUCAUGUACAGUACAAAAAUGGAACCUUAUGCAUGGGCCUUAGGAAUACAGGCUAGUAUUUCAGCACAGACUUCCCUGCUUGAGUUCUUGCUGAUGCUUGCACCGUGACAGUGGGCACCAACACAGACGUGCCACCCAACCCCCUGCACACACCACCGGCCACCAGGGGCCCCCUUGUGCGCCUUGGCUUUAUAACUCCUCUGGGGGUGAUAUUGGUGGUGAUCACAGCUCCUAGCAUAAUGAGAGUUCCAUUUGGUAUUGUCACACGUCUCCUGCCUCCCUUGGGUUGCCAUGUUUGAGCGAUGGCCCUGUUGAUUUCACCCUGCCUUUUACUGAAUCUGUAAAUUGUUGUGCAAUUGUGGUUAUAGUAGACUGUAGCACAUUGCCUUUUCUAAACUGCUACAUGUUUAUAAUCUUCAUUUUUAAAGUAUGUAUAAUUUUUUUAAGUAUGUAUUCUAUUCAUAUGGUCUGCUUGUCAGUGAGCCAGACUUGCUUACUAUAUUCCUUUAUAAUAAUGCUAGCCACUUCCUGGAUUCUUUAGUAAUGUGCUGUAUGCAAGAACUUUUCCAGUAGCAGUGAAGGAGGGUUGCCUCUCCAAGCUUCCUAAAGGAUGCUGCCCUGGGUGGGGAUGCAUUGCAGAGGCAGUAGUAGCAUGGGGGCUAGAGUGGGGAGCGAGAUGUAAAAGGGUGGGGGGAUAGGAGAAUUCCAGAGUGCUUCCAGCAUUAGGGUCCUGAGAACUUCUGUCCUGAGUUCAGAGAAACAUGCAAAGUAACUAACAAAAUAGCUACUUGCCUUUGCAGUUUUACAGACCCUGGGAGCUGCUUUGGGAGUGAGAAAGGCAACCCUCCAAUGUGUUUCAACUUUAAAAUGUUGAAUUCUUUUCAGACGUGGUAUCUCAUUUAUUCUCCUUUUCUAGCGUUUGUUGAAUUUCAGGCAGAAUGUCUUACAGAAUGUCCUAGAACCAGAUUAUCAUUUAAUCUGAAACAGCUGAGGAAGGGACAGAGAAGGUACAAGGGCAAGGCAGCACAAAACAGAUCAGGAGAAUGAAGAGGGAAUGCUUUGGUUUUUUGUUUUGUUUUGUUUUUUCUUUUUCAAGUAACUAAAACAGCAUCUACAUGUAGAGUGUUGUGGAGAGCUGAGACCAGGGUAAAGUCAAGUGCAGCAUCAGUACUGCGAGACCCACCAGCCCCUGGAGAGGGUCAGCCGAGAAUCUGGUAGUGAAGCCUGUCUAGGGUCCCGGCACCCUCACCCUCAGCCACCUGCAGAGAGGCCAGGGCCCCAGAGACUAGCCUGGUUCUGAAGUGGGCAGGGGUGCUGCCAGAGCCCUCUGCCCCUUAUAUUGAGACCCUGCUUUCAGGACAGGCCAGCCGUUGGCCACCAUGUCACAUUCUGAGUGAGUGUCACAGGUCCCUAACAAUAAUUUUCUGAUCUGGAGCAUAUCAGCAGAAUGCUUAGCCUCAAGGGGCCUGGCAGCUGUAAUGUUUGAUUUAUGAUGAGAACUAUCCGAGGCCACCCUUGGCCUCUAAAUAAGCUGCUCUAGGGAGCCGCCUACUUUUUGAUGAGAAAUUAGAAGAGUACCUAAUGUUGAAAACAUGACAUGCGCUCUUGGGAUCUGCUAUUCUCUCCAGGGCUCCAGAACCUGAUACCUGUUACCAAAGCUAGGAAAGAGCUUUAUCACAAGCCUUCACUGUCCUGGCAUGAGAACUGGCUGCCAGGCUCAGUGUACCCCAUUAACUGUGAAUGAAUCUGAGCUUGGUUUCCUUUAUUGCUUCCUCUGCAAUAUGAUUGCUGAAACACAUUUUAAAAAUUCAGAAGUUUGUCACUCCUGUUAAUGGGAGGAUCAGUCACACAUGUGUAGUACAAGGCGGACUUUGUGUUUGUGUUUGGUGUUAAUUUUUAGCAUUGUGUGUGUUGCUUCCCCACCCUGAGGAGAGGACACCAUGGCUUACUACUCAGGACAAGUAUGCCCCGCUCAGGGUGUGAUUUCAGGUGGCUUCCAAACUUGUACGCAGUUUAAAGAUGGUGGGGACAGACUUUGCCUCUACCUAGUGAACCCCACUUAAAGAAUAAGGAGCAUUUGAAUCUCUUGGAAAAGGCCAUGAAGAAUAAAGCAGUCAAAAAGAAGUCCUCCAUGUUGGUGCCAAGGACUUGCGAGGGGAAAUAAAAAUGUUAUCCAGCCUGACCAACAUGGAGAAACCCCGUCUCUCUUAAAAAUACAAAAUUAGCCUGGCAUGGUGGCGCAUGCCUGUAAUCCCAGCUACUCUGGAGGCUGAGGCAGGAGAAUCGCUUGAACCCAGGAGGCGGAGGUCGCAGUGAGCCAAGAUCAUGCCAGUGCACUCCAGCCUGGGUAACAAGAGUGAAACUCCGUGUCAAAAAAAAAAAAAAUGUUACUCAUCCUCUCUCAAAGCAAAAAGGAAACCCUAACAGCUCUGAACUCUGGUUUUAUUUUUCUUGCUGUAUUUGGGUGAACAUUGUAUGAUUAGGCAUAAUGUUAAAAAAAAAAUUUUUUUUUUUGGUAGAAAUGCAAUCACCAGUAAAGAGGUACGAAAAAGCUAGCCUCUCUCAGAGACCGGGGAGGCAGAGUACUACUAGAGGAAGUGAAGUUCUGAUGGAAUCAUGCCUGUCAAAUGAGGUCUUGAAGCGGAUGCCCAAAUAAAAGAGUAUAUUAUAUUUUAUCUAAAUCUUAAGUGGGUAACAUUUUAUGCAGUUUAAAUGAAUGGAAUAUUUUCCUCUUGUUUAGUUGUAUCUGUUUGUAUUUUUCUUUGAUGAAUGAUUGGUCAUGAGGCCUCUUGCCACACUCCAGAAAUACGUGUGCGGCUGCUUUUAAGAACUAUGUGUCUGGUCACUUAUUUCUCUAAAAUUAUCUCAUUGCCUGGCAAUCAGUCUUCUCUUGUAUACUUGUCCUAGCACAUUAUGUACAUGGGAAAUGUAAACAAAUGUGAAGGAGGACCAGAAAAAUUAGUUAAUAUUUAAAAAAAUGUAUUGUGCAUUUUGGCUUCACAUGUUUAACUUUUUUUAAGAAAAAAGUUGCAUGAAUGGAAAAAAAAAAUCUGUAUACAGUAUCUGUAAAAACUGUCUUAUCUGUUUCAAUUCCUUGCUCAUAUCCCAUAUAAUCUAGAACUAAAUAUGGUGUGUGGCCAUAUUUAAACACCUGAGAGUCAAGCAGUUCAGACUUUGAUUUGAAGCACCUCAUCCUUCUUUCAAUGCGAACACUAUCAUAUGGCAUUCUUACUGAGGAUUUUGUCUAACCAUAUGUUGCCAUGAAUUAACUCUGCCACCUUUCUUAAGGAUCAAAACCAGUUUGAUUUGGGAAUCUUCCCCUUUCCAAAUGAAAUAGAGAUGCAGUACUUAACUUUCCUUGGUGUUUGUAGAUAUUGCCUUGUGUAUUCCACUUAAAACCGUAAUCUAGUUUGUAAAAGAGAUGGUGACGCAUGUAAAUAAAGCAUCAGUGACACACUA